CCCAGGGGCAGGAGGCCCCGCUGGGAGGGCAAAGGCUGGCUUGGUUGUCCAAAGGCCGAGGAAGCAGAGUCCUGACUGCAGGAAGGCAGGACCAGAGAGCUGGGUCCUACCAGGCCUCCUGGUGCCUGGCCCGUGACUUGCUGUUUGACCUUAUACAGGCAGCAUGCCCUCGAUGGGCCUCAGUCUUCCCAUCUGUACAAUGAGGGCGCUGACCUAGAAGCUUGAUUGCAGUCCCAGAGGCCCACCCUGCUUCCUGCAGCCCCGGCUGUGGGUGGCCACAUGCAGUCAUGGAGAAGAAAGUCCCUCUGGCUGGCACUGUUGGCCUCCUGGCUCCUCAUCCUGCUAGGAGUCUUCCCCCUUCUCCGCCUGGCGGUGCCUGCCAGACCCCGGGCAGGGGCCCCCCAAGGUUGGCCCAGCUGGUUGGAUGCAGAGCUCCUGCAGAGUUUCUCCCAGCCUGAGGAGCUCCCAGAAGAUAGCCCUCAACCUCCUCAAGCCCCCCGUGGUGGCAGCUGCAACUGGGGAGCUUGCUUUGACACCUCGAAGUGCAGAGGUGGUACCCUCAAGGUAUUCGUGUACCCGGUGGCUGGACCCAUCUCUGAGACUCGCCGCAGGAUCCUGGCUUCCAUCGAGGGCUCCCGCUACCACACACUCAGCACUGCCGAGGCCUGCCUCCUCCUCCUCCUCAGCCCGGACACCCCUGCUGGAAAGUGCGACCCAGUGCCCCCGCAAUGGGAUGGGGGCAGGAACCAUCUGGUCCUCAGUCUCCACCCAGCCCCCUGCCUCCGGACCUUCCAGCUGGGAAAGGCGAUGGUGGCCGACGCCAGCCCCACGGUGGACACCUUCCGGCCUGGCUUUGAUGUGGCCCUCCCGCUUCUCCCCGAAGCCCACCCAUUGCAAGGUGGGGCACCUGGCCGGCUGCGGCAGCACAGCCCCCGCCCUGGGGUGGCCCUGCUAGCCCUGGCAGAGGAGAGGGGCGGGUGGCACACAGCAGGUACCAACUCCUCUGCCUGCCCCUGGGAUGGGCGCUGUGAGCAGGACCAUGGACCCAAACAGACCCAUCCUGGGGCAACGCUACCCAAUGCCACCUUCUGCCUCAUUCCUGGCCGCAGUCCUGACGCCUUGCACUUCCUUCAAGCCCUGCAGGCUGGCUGCAUCCCUGUGCUUCUCAGCCCUCGCUGGGAGCUGCCCUUCUCCGAGGUCAUCGAUUGGACCAAGGCGGCCAUUGUAGCUGAUGAGAGGCUCCCACUUCAGGUCCUGGCUGCCCUCCAGGAGAUGCCCCUCACACGGGUCCUUGCCCUGCGUCAGCAGACCCAGUUUCUAUGGGAUGCCUACUUCUCCUCAGUGGAGAAGGUCAUCCUUACCACUCUGGAGAUUAUUCAGGACCGGAUCUUUGGAGCAUCUGCUCACCCCUCGCUACUGUGGAACAGCCCCCCAGGGGCACUCCUGGCCCUGCCCACUUUCUCCACAAGCCUCUCAGACUUCCCCUUCUACCACCUACAACAGGGCUCUCGUCCUCUGGACAGGUUCAGCGCCCUGAUUUGGGUGGGGGCUCCAGGCCAGCCGCCCCUGAAGCUCAUCCAGGCUGUGGCAGGCUCCCAGCACUGUGCCCAGAUCUUGGUUCUCUGGAGCAGUGAGAAGCCACCCCCAGCCAGGUGGCCUGAGACAGCAGUGCCCUUGAUAGUCAUUGAUGGGCGCAGGAAGGUCAGUGACCGCUUCUUCCCAUACAGUGCCAUCAACACCGAUGCCAUCCUCAGCCUGGAUGCCCACAGCAGUCUUUCCACAAGUGAGGUGGACUUCGCUUUUGUGGUGUGGCAGCACUUCCCAGAGCGGAUGGUUGGCUUUCUGACCUGGAGCCACUUCUGGGAUGAGGCCCGGGGUGGCUGGGGCUACACUGCCGAGAGGGCCAACGAAUUCUCCAUGGUUCUCACCUCGGCUGCCUUCUAUCAUAGGUAUUACCACACCCUCUUCACCCACUCCCUGCCCAAGGCUCUGAGGACCCUGGCAGACGAGGCACCCACCUGUGUGGAUGUCCUGAUGAACUUCCUCGUAGCAUCUGUCACCAAGUGGCCCCCUAUCAAGGUGCCCUAUGGGACGUGGCAUCAGGAGGCCAGACCUCCUCCACUGGCGCCUCGGGGUCCGGGGCUCAGGCAGGAGCCGCAGCCCGCCGCCCAGGACUGCAUCAACCAGAUGGCGGCAGGGUUCGGUCGCAUGCCCCUCGUGUCCUCUCGCCUCCGUCUGGACCCAGUGCUCUUCAAGGACCCGGUGUCCGUGCUGCGUAAGAAGUAUCGCAGCCUGGAAAAGCCCUAAGAGGGACGAGCUGAGACUCCAGACCCGCUCCCAGGGGCGCCGCAACUGCCUGGGGAGGCGUGGAGAGGCUCCGCCCUUCCCCUGGGAUAUCUGGAGACCCAAUCAAGGCUACUAUUUAGCCAGCACGCCAGGUCCCGAUUAGCCAGCCACAGCCUUGCCCCACCCUCCAGCCAGUGGCAGUUCCCACGUGCAAGGCGCUGGCUCCGCGGCCCUGCCUCUGCCUUCACAGACCCGUUGCCUGGAAUGCCUUUCUCGGCUGCUCUGCCGAGCUGACAUCUACUUCUCUUUCAGAUCCUCGCCUCCUCCACGAACCUGCCUGACCCCCACCCCCGCCCCGGAUCCUCUGCGCUUUCACAGCCGGGCGUGUCCCGGCGUGUCCCGCAGUCCCGACACUGUGCAUGCUGCCUUGCAAGGUAUACCGUCAGGCCCCAGGACUGACCUGGGAGCCCCGGGAGGGCAGGGCCGUGUCCUCUUCUCUCUGGUCUGGCAGGUGCGCCACAAAUAUUUGACGAACAUUUGGGUGGAAGAGGCAUCACUACGUGCCUGGCUCUGUGCCGACAGUGGCGGGGCGUGGACAGGGCGUGCGGAGUGAGAGCCAAAACUCCACCCUCAGGCCCUGGGGUUCCUAGUCCCGCCGGAAGGCAGCUUCCCGCGGAUUCCUGGGUUGCCAGGCGCAAUCCUCGCGCCCCAGGGAUGGAGCAAAGAAGUGCCAGGAGCCAGUUUCGGGGGUUCCGUCUCGACCCGGCGGAGCAGAGAGGUAGCGGGGGCGGGAUGGGAACGGCCGUCGUCCCGCGUUACCAGCCUGGGCCACGAGAGGGCAGCACCGUGCCGCACGCCCUGCUCCCGGAAAGGGCGGGCAGCUCUAAACGCCCACCCGGUGGGAUUAGCGGGCGGGGGGACGUGGAGGUUGGGGGUGCGCAGCUUGAAGUCUGAAAACGGGCUGGCCCACACACUUAGGACUAAGAGGCCAUUCCUAGGUGGGCUGGGUGGGAGCAGGGGCGGUACCGAGCGCCCCGGCCGUGAGGGUGGAGUGGGGGAGGGGACGCUGGGUUCUCCUGGGUUCACCCACCUGGAACUGGAAUGAUCGCUUCCGAAAUAAAGCGCGUGUC